AUGCCCGUACCCCGUCAAUUCCUGUUCCUCUCGAGGCACUUUGGCACUGGUGUAUUGAUUGCAACCGCCUUUGUACAUCUCCUGCCCACCGCAUUCAACUCGCUCACCGAUCCGUGUCUCCCGCCUUUCUGGAAUCAAGGAUACCCCGCCAUGGCUGGCCUCAUCGCCAUGAUUUCAGUCAUGGUGGUUGUGGGCGUAGAGAUGUUCUUUGCUACCAAAGGAGCUGGACAUUCUCACUCGAGCGACUACGUGACCCCCAGAGAGCAAUACGAAGACAUGGCCCCUUUGAGAAGCAGUAAUCGCGAGGGCUUCUCAAGACCUCUGCACCGACGGAGUGAUAGUUACCGGCCAUUCAGUCAGGGGAAGAUAGGAGCCGAGGAAGAUAGUACUGAGGACAUGGCCUUGCAAAACACUUCGCCGUGGCAAGAGAACGGGAAUUACGAAGAUACGGAACCCCUGGCUCACAAGGGUCGUGCCAGUCUAGAUGACACAGGCAGCAACUCGGAUCUUGAUUUGGAUGAAUUGGAUCCUCACAUCAAUGGCAAUGGCAUUGGUAAUGGACAUAGCCACGGGCAUGUCGCCGAGCCGAGUCUGGAGCGCGCUGACUCGCCGUCCGAACAACAGCAGCAACAAAAGAUGCUGCUACAAUGCNUACUCCUGGAAGCUGGUAUCCUCUUUCACAGUGUCUUCAUAGGCAUGGCUGUAUCUGUGGCGACAGGCACAUCAUUCAUCGUCUUGCUCGUAGCCAUCUCAUUCCAUCAAACCUUUGAAGGGCUGGCUCUGGGUUCCCGCAUUGCCGCUAUCACAAUAUUUCCGAAGCGAUCACCACGGCCGUGGCUGAUGGCACUGGCCUAUGGAGCGACUACACCCAUAGGACAGGCCAUCGGACUUAUGGUACACAAUCUCUACGACCCAUUCAGCCAAACAGGUCUACUCAUGGUAGGAAUCAUGAAUGCGAUCAGCAGUGGGUUGUUGUUGUUCGCUGGAUUGGUUGAAUUGUUGGCAGAGGACUUUUUGAGCGACGAGAGUUACGUGAUGCUCAAAGGGCGAAAACGACUUGAGGCUUGCGGUGCUGUGGUUGCUGGAAGUCUACUAAUGGCGUUGGUUGGUGCAUGGGCUUAG